UUCUACCUUCCUUUAUUGUUCGAAGAAAGGAAGUUUUCUUUGAGCUGAGGGAUUAAGGAAUGACCUCAGUUCUGCAGCAGAAGAGGGGGAAAAUAGAUGACGAGUUUUGCCAGAAAGAGAGGGUUGUGGUAGCCGUUAAGGCUUCCAAGGAAGUGCCAAGAGCUGCGUUGGAAUGGGCUUUAACCCAUGUUGUUCAGCCCGGUGAUCGAAUAACUUUGCUUCUUGUGGUUUUUCCACACAGUUCAGGCAGAAAACAAUGGAGUUUUCCCCGCUUAUCGGGAGAUUGUACUAGCGGAUGCAAGGAGUCAAAGACCUCUGUUACUACUUCCAGCUUCAAGUAUGAUUUAGCUGAUUUAUGUUCCCAUAUGAUAUUUCAACUGCGCAGUAUAUAUGAUCCGAGCAAGACGAAAAUUAAGAUAAAGAUCAUUUCCGGAUCACAUUGUGGAGCAAUUGCAGCUGAAUCCAGAAGAGUUCAAGCAACCUGGGUAGUGUUGGACAAACAGCUCGAGUACGAGGAGAAGAAAUGCAUGGAAGAGCUUCAAUGCAACAUUGUGAUUAUGAAGCAAAAUCAGCCAGAGAUUCUUCGCUUUGAUCUACUGCGGGAAGCUGAGAGAAAGCCCCAUGCGUUUUAUCCAUUGCCUUCCGUGUUAGAUAAACCUUCUACAAGGAUGCUAAAGCUUACUCCAGAUCAUAAAAACAGUACUGAAGGGCGAGUUAUGAAGCAAUUAACUAAUACUGUCGGAACAAUCUCUGAAGCAAGCUCACCAUGUCUUUUAUCUAAAGUGAAGUUGGAUGAUGGUUGUCCUACUGUAAGUAGCUCUGAAUCUGUCUGUAAACGCCAAAGUCCUUUAACAACAUUGUGGCUUUAUGCAUUGAUGGAACUUCGCCAUGAUACUGAUAAAAGAUUGAUGAAGACAAAGGAACUCUCACUAAAAUUUAAUAGAGAGGACUAUUACAUGCAAAGAGCUUUGAUGUAUAAGUUCUGCAAACUUGACAUAGAAGCUGGAAUACAUAAUGUAGACCAUACAGCAGAUCUUGGAGAAGAUAUUGAAAUAUCAAGAAAUACAUCUUUAGGACCUCCUCCUUUAUGUUCAAUUUGUAAACACAAGGCAACUGUAAUUGGGAAGCCUCCCAAAUCAUUCAGUUAUGCUGAGUUGAGUCUUGCAACGGGAGGAUUUUCUCGAGAUAACUUUUUGGCUGAGGGUGGAUUUGGCUUUGUGCACAGAGGUGUCUUACCUGAUGGACAUGUGGUUGCAGUUAAGCAACACAAGCUGGCUAGUUCUCAAGGAGAUACUGAGUUCUGGUCAGAAGUGGAAGUUCUAAGCUGUGCUCAGCACCGUAAUGUCGUGAAGCUAAUCGGUUUCUGUGUGGAGAGUGAUAGAAGGUUGUUGGUUUAUGAAUAUGUAUGCAACGGAUCUCUGAAUUUCCAUUUACAUGGUUUUAAUCAAAGAACAUUGGAAUGGGCUACGAGGCGAAAAAUUGCGGUUGGUACUGCUCGCGGACUGAAGUACCUUCAUGAAGAGUGCAGAGUUGGUUGCAUAAUCCACCAAGACAUGAGACCAAAUAACAUUCUAAUUACACAUGAUUUCGAAGCACUGGUUGGAGACUUUGGCCUGGCAAGAAGGAAACCCGAUGGAGGUCUUGAUGAGGAAACACAAGUUAUUGGCUCCUUUGGGUAUAUGGCACCAGAAUACACUCAGAAUGUCCACAUUACUGAAAAAGCUGAUGUAUAUUCCUUCGGAGUGGUACUUCUGGAGCUUUUAACUGGCAGAAGAGCUAUGGAUAUUAAAAGACCAAAGGGUCAGCAUCGUCUCACCGAAUGGAUUCGGCCAUUAUUGGACAAAUAUGCCAUCAAAGAUCUAAUAGAUCCAGAUCUCAGAAACAAUUACUCUGAGCAAGAGGCACUUUGUAUGUUGCAUGUUGCAUCUCUAUGCAUCAAUAGAAAUCCACAUGCUAGGCCCCGUAUGUCUCAGGUACUCAGGAUACUGGAGGGUGAUUGUUUCAUAGAACAAAGAACUUAAAUCCCCAUUAAUGUAGUAAAAAAGGAGUGCGUAAAGACCAUCAGAUCACCUGGAAUAAUAGCAUCAUGGCAACUAUUUCAUCUAUCAGAGUGAUUCAAAUAAUGUGUGGGACUGUAGAGAAAUAUUUUUAAAUUUUUUUUGGGUGUAAUAUAUUCUAAUGCUAUGUAGUAUUUAUUGGAGUGUAAAAUAUAUAUAGCUUAUAUUAGGAUGGCUAAUCAAUUGGUGUCCAUUUUAUGCUUUAUAUUCAUCAUAAAUUUAGCAUUCUUAACUGGAAUCACACUCAUUUUCUUCAUCUUAUCAUCAAA